AUGGCACAUCGACUGACGAAAGAUGAGCUUGAUGAACAGUUCGAGCAGUUUUUGAAAGAAGUAAGUUUAACGUUACUGCAGACACGAUAGCAGCACUGUGUCUGCUAUUCUUGGUUUUCAUAUCUAUAGCUAAAGUUACUCACUAAUGACUGCCCUUCUUUAUAUCCACACCAAAGAUACUGAUAAUCAGCCCUUUCAUCUGUGUCCAUACUACUAUGUAUUCACUCAACCAACUAGCUAGAUGGCUACUUUAACCUAGUCACCAUUGACUUGUGUUCAGUCUGUCUCAGAUGACUCAGUGGAUUUGGGUGGCACUGCUAAGCGCUCCAGUGUUCUGGACAGCCUGGGCAGAGCCUCUCAGAAACUACCACCAAAGAAGACAUCAGCUGCCCCUGUGCCAUGGUGGCAGGAGGAGGAGGACAGCGAAGAGACACCUGGCAGAGGUAAGCAAAGCCAGGGAUGUGUAGGUUGAUGUGCUACCCACAAUGCUUUGAUAGGCUUCAGUUCAGUUAGGAUUCUGUGUGUGUUUGUGCUUGUCAUUUUGGUUCUUUCUCUGUGUGUGUGUGUGUGUGUGUGUCUUUGUGGUUGUGUGUUUCAUGACCUGCUGUCAGGUUAAAAUAUAUUUAGAGGGACACUGUGACUCUGUGCUGAUUUCUCAUCAUCUGCUCUGUUAUUCCUGGAACAUCUGUUGCAUUUAAUUUCACCAUCAUAACAUGUCCAUCAUAACCUGUUCCCUGCUGCUACUCCCCUGAUAAUGAUGGUUUGACUCCUUUCAUGAGUUCAUCUUCGAUUGGUUUACAUCAGUCGACUCUUCAUGACUCAUUUGUAUAUCAGUCCUGUUCUCUAGCUGUCUGUCUCCCACCUUCUCUCCUUUCUCUUUCAUCUCCUCUUUCCUUCCACCUGUCCCCAGCAGAGGCUGCAAAACACAGGUUCACUAAACCCAAAAAGCCCCAGCACCAGGCUGUGGUGAAAACUCAGGAGGACGAGAGUGAGAGCAGCCCAAUGAGAAGCCCCCCUCAGGGUAUAGGAAUCACUACUGUAACCCCCUAGUUCCUUAGGGCCACUCAAUAGCACAUUGUCUCCUCAUCAUUGGUGUUAGUGCGGUGACAUGCUUCCAACCUUCACUUUCUCUCAUUAUCUUUAGUCCUGCCCUCUACUCUCUCCUUAGCUAUAUAUAUGUACAGUGGGGAAAAAAAGUAUUUAGUCAGCCACCAGUUGUGCAAGUUCUCCCACUUAAAAAGAUGAGAGGCCUGUAAUUUUCAUCAUAGGUACACAUCAACUCUGACAGACAAAAUGAGAAGAAAAAAUCCAAAAAAUCACAUUGUAGGAUUUUUAAUGAAUUUAUUUGCAAAUUAUGGUGGAAAAUAAGUAUUUGGUCAAUAACAAAAGUUUCUCAAUACUUUGUUAUAUACCCUUUGUUGGCAAUGGCACAGGUCAAACGUUUUCUGUAAGUCUUCACAAGGUUUUCACACACUGUUGCUGGUAUUUUGGCCCAUUCCUCCAUGCAGAUCUCCUCUAGAGCAGUGAUGUUUUGGGGCUGUCGCUGGGCAACACGGACUUUCAACUCCCUCCAAUGAUUUUCUAUGGGGUUGAGAUCUGGAGACUGGCUAGGCCACUCCAGGACCUUGAAAUGCUUCUUACGAAGCCACUCCUUCGUUGCCCGGGCGGUGUGUUUGGGAUCAAUGUCAUGCUGAAAGACCCAGCCACGUUUCAUCUUCAAUGCCCUUGCUGAUGGAAGGAGGUUUUCACUCAAAAUCUCACGAUACAUGGCCCCAUUCAUUCUUUCCUUUACACGGAUCAGUCGUCCUGGUCCCUUUGCAGAAAAACAGCCCCAAAGCAUGAUGUUUCCACCCCCAUGCUUCACAGUAGGUAUGGUGUUCUUUGGAUGCAACUCAGCAUUAUUUGUCCUCCAAACACGACGAGUUGAGUUUUUACCAAAAAGUUAUAUUUUGGUUUCAUAUGAGAUUCUCCCUAUCCUCUUCUGGAUCAUCCAAAUGCACUCUAGCAAACUUCAGACGGGCCUGGACAUGUACUGGCUUAAGCAGGGGGACACGUCUGGCACUGCAGGAUUUGAGUCCCUGGCGGCGUAGUGUGUUACUGAUGGUAGGCUUUGUUACUUUGGUCCCAGCUCUCUGCAGGUCAUUCACUAGGUCCCCCCGUGUGGUUCUGGGAUUUUUGCUCACUGUUCUUGUGAUCAUUUUGACCCCACGGGGUGAGAUCUUGCAUGGAGCCCCAGAUCAAGGGAGAUUAUCAGUGGUCUUGUAUGUCUUCCAUUUCCUAAUAAUUGCUCCCACAAUUGAUUUCUUCAAACCAAGCUGCUUACCUAUUGCAGAUUCAGUCUUCCCAGCCUGGUGCAGGUCUACAAUUUUGUUUCUUGUGUCCUUUGACAGCUCUUUGGUCUUGGCCAUAGUGGAGUUUGGAGUGUGACUGUUUGAGGUUGUGGACAGGUGUCUUUUAUACUGAUAACAAGUUCAAACAGGUGCCAUUAAUACAGGUAACGAGUGGAGGACAGAGGAGCCUCUUAAAGAAGAAGUUACAGGUCUGUGAGAGCCAGAAAUCUUGCUUGUUUGUAGGUGACCAAAUACUUAUUUUCCACCAUAAUUUGCAAAUAAAUUCAUUAAAAAUCCUACAAUGUGAUUUUCUGGAGAAAAAAAUUCUCAAUUUGUCUGUCAUAGUUGACGUGUACCUAUGAUGAAAAUUACAGGCCUCUCUCAUCUUUUUAAGUGGGAGAACUUGCACAAUUGGUGGCUGACUAAAUACCUUUUUUCCCCACUGUAAAUUUUUUAACCUUAGAUCUUCUCUUCCUCCAAGCUAACCCUUAAAUAUUUCUAGCUCACAUUUAGUAGUUCUGUCCUUUUGCCCACCUAACCAUGCAUGUACUCUUUGAGGGUGUCCCUUUCCCUGAGUUCCUUUUAUUUGUGUGUACAGAACAUGAUUCCUUUCUCAUCUUUAUCUACCCUCUUAUCUUCCUACUUCAUGCUGCUUAUUGGUUAGCUGUCACAGUGGAAGCCCCCACUAGGCCCACCCCCAAGCCUCGCAGCAAAGCUCUGGAUAGGCUCAGUCAGCUGGACAAGAUCCAAAGAGCCAAUCAGGAUGCUUCUUCUCACGUUGCCGCGGGGCCGGAAAAUAACAGCCCAGAACACGACUACUCCCACUCUGCCAGGCAGGGGAGCCCCCACACGAAUGAGAGCUCCCAUAAUGCAUCAGGAGAGAGGAGUUCUGAGGGGAGUACCUCCCUCUGUGACACACCAGUGGACAGUCACAGCAGUGAUAGUGACUCACAGGGCCGUGAAGAUGGUAAAGUGGUAGUAGCUAGACUAGAGACAAAUCCCCAAAACCCUGGUAGACUAGUAGUUAGACUAGUAUAGUAUAAUGAUAGUAGCUAGAGACAGCUCCAAACCUGCUACCCUGGUAGACUAGAAAGUAGAGGCUAGAGGUGAAUAUUCAACAUCAGUAUGACUGUAGUCUCGUGUUGCCACACUUCCCAGACCCGUAUCCACAUUAGAAAGGUGGAAAUCAAUGUUUGAAUGACUGAAACCAUGAUGAACCAUGAUUUUAGAGUGAAACCUGGAUUUAAAACAUACUGUUUACUGUCUUUGUCUCCUUUUCACUUCUUUUCACAUUUAGUUCUUUUGUUUUCCUCUGGUAAUGGAGUGGUGUAAAUAAACAGUGACCAUAAAAGCAUAGCAUUGGAAAAAAUAAAGAACUUUCUGGACCUCAAGGGCAGUUGUUAUGGUUACUGGUGCUAAAUCCGGUCAUGUUCUUUCACCGUCAGACAAUUCAGUGUGUCGAGGCGAGCUUUGAUUCUGUGCUUCUAGCAGACUAUUUUACCAUUAGUGUUAGUGGUUCAUUUGGGCAUAUUUUCCCACUAGUAAAAUUACUCCCAACUGCUUUUACUAGUCUAACUCUGGAGAGCCUGAUAGAUUAGCUCUUGUUUUUUUUUACUGUAACCAGUGCUUAUUUUCACUUCUGUAAAUGUCAUGAUGAUCAUUCAGUGCUGAAAUUGAAAAGUUAGGCCUGUUUUGCCAUGGUGAGACUAACUUAGGAAAAGUUUUUUUCUACCUUUUUAUCUUGACAGCUAUUUUUACUGCAAGACCAUUUUAGUAUUUAUGAGGAUAUGGGACUUUUCUACAGUAACCUCCCUUCAGUAGACUGACAGCAAGUGGUUGUGGAGCUGAUAUCAAAGUUAGCUCUACUGCUCUGUCUUCUCUUUUCUGUGUGUACUGUUCUCCACUUAAAUGGACCGCAUGGCCUUUGAGGGGCUCUGCAGGCCUGUAUACCCCAGGAAGUCAAUGUCCUGUGAAUGAUAAAACACAGAGCUAAUGAGCUUAAUUUCCAUAGCUGGGUUUCAAAUACUAUCUGGAAUACUGACAGCUUGGUGUCCGGAUGGAUGAACUCCUUUUUGAGCUCUUUUUUUUUUAAAUUCAGGAAGUAGCCUAAAGCAAGAGCAAUUUCUGUUUCCUGGAAUUACCUGAAUUGAACGCUCCAAUAUUUUUCUGUUUUUCCAGGAUUGCUGGGAUCUGAGAAGUUCUGUAAGUCUCUGAGGAGAUCCCAGCCCAUCCAGGAGGAGGAAGAGGAGCUGCAGCCUCAGGGAGGAGAGAAGGGUUCGGAGGAGGAGGAGGGGGCAGAGCCUGUCAUCUUCAGCAGAGACAGUCUGGAGCCUGAGGGUUAGUCUGCUCUGGAGAGAUGGAUAGAUAGAUCUGGUGACAUCAUAGAGAGUAUCUCAAUCCAAUGCUAACCUGACAGGGUAGUGACAUGAAAGCAGCUGUACGUGCCAGCUAAAAACUAUUUUGCUUUAAGCUCUUUGAAAACCUCUGUGUGAAAAUAGCAAGGGUUGAAAUGUGUAUGUCUGUGUCUGCCCGUGAUUGUGUCUACCCAGACUCUGUGAUGGCGUCCGGACCAGGUCAGAACGCUGCGGUGGGUCUAGGUCUGGGCAUGGACACCCUGGAGGAGGAAGAGGAGAAGGCCCGCUUCUUUGCCCACCUGGAGGGAGGUGCGUCCUCCACCAUAGACUACUCCAGACUCAACAAAGACCUGGAUUCCACCACCGCCUCCAACACUGCUACCACCCUCAGGUAUAUAUGACACUCAAUGGAGCUAAAGGGGAUGUGGUCUCUACACACUGGUCUCAGGUUGGUUUUGCAUUUCCCCUUCGAAUGGUUAAGGUUAGGACUUGGUGAAGACAAGCUGAUCCUAGAUCUGUACCUAGGGGCGCCUUCACUCAGGAGCAUGACACUCCGAGUCGCCCCAGGCCUAGCUGUAGCUGCCUUUUGAAGCCACUGCUGGGGUUGUCCCAAGGAGACCCUCAGUGUUGCAGACAGUGGCUGGGUAAGAUAAUUACUGUCACUCCCAGUGUGUGAUCUGUGAAUGACACUUGUUCUGCUGUUUCUCCAGGAAAGCAGAGGUGGCUGUGGCGGGGGUCUAUCAGAGAGAGGAGGAGAGAGCUAUGGAGUCUGACAGACUCUCCCCAGGUAGGAGAGAUGAUGCACACAUAGAAUUAGGAAUUAUAAUAGUAACUUAAUAGGAUCUCUAUGCUCACACUACUCCAAACCUUGCUUGGUUCAAUAGGUUUUGUUUUCUUUCAAAUACUUUGAAGUUGGGAGGGGGUUUGCGCUUUUGGGAUGAUUCCGUUGGUUCAGUUGCAACAGGCAAGCUCAAUCAAUUGCUGUUAAAGGAUUUGAAAGGAAACAAAUCCUAUUUGAACCCAGGUCUGUUGUCAUUUACAGUGGCACUCUGUCAGACAAGUAUUUGCACAUACCUCAUCUGCAUGACUCGAGCUCAUCAGUGAAUCUGUCAUUCUGUCUGUGCCUGCUGCAGCCUCCCCCCGCUACAGCGAGGAUGAGGACUUUGAAGAUGAGGUCAUUGAGGAGGUGAGAAAUUGGGUGAGACUGGGUUUUUUGCAAGUCUGGUUUGAAAAUGCAGUCGUUUAGUUCUAAUAACUCUUUGUAAGGGCGUGCUUUGAACUAGAGGUUUAAACCGAAAGUUGAUUGUAAUUGCGGCAUGUAGAAUUGCCCCAUGAUAAGUUGUAAGCAGGAGUUGUUUGUGCUGCUCACAUGCUAAUCACUCUGGGUUACAAAAGCCACAGUGAAUAAAGGCAAGGCAUUCAGCAGUUAUCCCAGCUCUCUCUCAAGAGGUAGAGUGAGAAGAAGGGGUCUUUUAAUGGGGAGUGUGCCAGGUCUUGUCUGUGAUUGGCUGAAUAUGUGGUGGACGACUGACUGCAUGGCUCUUCUGUUUUGCUCAUCUUGUUUCUUCUCUCUCUUUCUUUUAGAAGCCUAAAAUGGCUGCCAUGCUCACCAAAGGUAUUAUAAACAAACAUCCAUUUUUCUUUUCUGGGUCAGAGUGGGUUUUUAAGUCAGCACAAGUAUGUGUUUCAAGUUUUAUUAGCCGUAUGUACGGCAUACACAUGGUAUACCGUCCAAAGAAAUGUUUACUUGCAGUUUCCUUCUCGACAAUGCAACAGCAAUAAUAAAAUAGAAGAAUACAAACAUAAAGUAAAUGGCUCAGUAGAAUAGAAUAAAGAAACGUCCUCUCACUGUCAACUGUGUUUAUUUUCAGCAAACGUGUAAAUAUUUGUAUGAACAUAACAAGAUUCAACAACUGAGACAUAAACUGAACAAAUUCCACAGACAUGUGACUAACAGAAAUGGAAUAAUGUGUCCCUGAACAAAGGACGGGUCAAAAUCAAAAGUAACAGUCAGUAUCUGGUGUGGUUACCAGCUGAAUGAAGUACUGCAGUGCAUCUCCUCCUCAUGGACUGCACCAGAUUUGCCAGUUCUUGCUGUGAGAUGUUACCCCACUAUUCCACUAAGGCACCUGCAAGUUCCUGGACAUUUCUGGGGGGAAUGGCCGUAGCCCUCACCCUCCGAUCCAACAGGUCCCAGACGUGCUCAAUGGGAUUGAGAUCCGGGCUCUUCGCUGGCCAUGGCAGAACACUGACAUUCCUGUCUUGCAGGAAAUCACGCACAGAACGAGCAGUAUGGUUGGUGGCAUUGUCAUGCUGGAGGGUCAUGUCAGGAUGAGCCUGCAGGAAGGGUACCACAUGAGGGAGGAGGAUGUCUUCCCUGUAACGCACAGCGUUGAGAUUGCCUGCAAUGACAACAAGCUCAGUCCGAUGAUGCUGUGACACACCGCCCCAGACCAUGACGGACCCUCCACCUCCAAAUCGAACCCGCUCCCGAGUACAGGCUUUGGUGUAACGCUCAUUCCUUCAACGAUAAACGCGAAUCCGACCAUCACCCCUGGUGAGUCAAAACCGCGACUAGUCAGUGAAGAGCACUUUUUGCCAGUCCUUUCUGGUCCAGCGACGGUGGGUUUGUGCCCAUAGGCAACGUUGUUGCCCGUGAUGUCUGGUGUGGACCUGCCUUACAACAGGCCUACAAGCCCUCAGUCCAGCCUCUCAGCCUAUUGCGUACAGUCUGAACACUGAUGGAGGGAUUGUGCGUUCCUGGUGUAACUCGGGCAGUUGUUGCCAUCCUGUACCUGUCCCGCAGGUGUGAUGUUCGAAUGUACCGAUCCUGUGCAGGUGUUGUUACACGUGGUCUGCCACUGCGAGGACGAUCAGCAGUCCGUCCUGUUUCCCUGUAGCGCUGUCUUAGGCGUCUCACAGUACGGACAUUGCAAUUUAUUGCCCUGGCCACAUCUGCAGUCCUCAUGCCUCCUUGCAGCAUGCCUAAGGCACGUUCACGCAGAUGAGCAGGGACCCUGGGCAUCUUUCUUUUGGUGUUCAGUAGAAAAGCCUCUUUAGUGUCCUUAGUUUUCAUAACUGUGACCUUAAUUGCCUACCGUCUGUAAGCUGUUAGUGCCUUAACGACCGUUCCACAGGUGCAUGUUCAUUAAUUGUUUAUGGUUCAUUGAACAAGCAUGGGAAACAGUGUUUAAACCCUUUACAAUGAAGAUCUGUGAAGUUAUUUGGAUUUUUACUAAUUAUCUUUGAAAGACAGGGUCCUGAAAAGGGGACAUUUCUUUUUUUGCUGAGUUCAUUUUAGCAUAAUUGUAUAGGAAGGAAGAAUAUAGUCCAAUAUUAACAUGUGUUCUGGGGAAAGGGGAAUUGGGGGGCAAGUCUUUAGUGUGUGUGUUAGUGUUGCACGGUACUACGAAACUUCUGUACUUUUUUGAUACUAGAACAUGGAAAAGCGGUUCGGUACUAGAAUUAUUGUUACUUUUGGUACUCACGUCGUCUACUGAUUUGAAAGGGGAUCAAGUCUGUGUCUAUCAGCAUAGCCGAUGUUCCCUUGUAGCGCGAGAGCACUGUGCCUGCUCCUCUUACUCAUUGCUAGCCUGUCCUAAGGAAUCACUGCACUUAUGCUGCACAGAAGUUAACACUUAAAUAAUGCAACACGGCAUGUCAAUGUUGAAACUGUUCAUUACUGUUACAAAAAUAAUGUCCAUUACAGGCUACAACACUUUACAAUGCAAGAAGAUACCAGUCAUAUAUAUAUAUACAGUGUGUGCAAAUGUAGCAAGUUAUGGAGGUAAGGCAAUAAAUAGGCUAUAGUGCAAAAUAAUUACAAUUAGUAUUAACACUGGAAUGAUAGAUGUGCAAGAGAUGAUGUGCAAAUAGAGAUACUGGGGUACAAAUGAGCAAAAUAAAUAACAAUAUAGGGAUGAGGUAGUUGGGCGGGCUAAUUUCAGAUGGGCUGUGUACAGGUGCAGUGAUCGGUAAGGUGCUCUGACAACUGAUGCUUAAAGUUAGUGAGGGAGAUAAGUGUCUCCAGCUUCAGAGAUUUUUGCAAUUUGUUCCAGUCAUUGGCAGCAGAGAACUGGAAGGAAUUGCGGCCAAAGGAGGUGUUGGCUUUGGGGAUGACCAGUGAGAUAUACCUGCUGGAGCGCAGACUAUGGGUGGGUGUUGCUAUGGUGACCAAUGAGCUAAGAUAAGGCGGGGAUUUGCCUAGCAGUGAUUUAUAGAUGGCCUGGAGCCAGUGGGUUUGGAAACAUGCCUUGCUAGCUUACAGCUGAAGCUAUUAUCAAUUCACUACCCUAGUACCUUGUUUGUGAUAUGAAAAUAUUGCUGAUUCUCCCCCAAAACUUGAUUAAUUCACGCCUCACGUCUCUCCCAGUCAAGAUCAUCUUUGCUCGAGCCUUAUGGAACACCGUUUGGGUCUUUGCAUGUCAAAAAAGAUACACGUCAAUUUUUUUGACACACAGACCCAAAUGCCUUUCCAUAGAGCCUCAAACUGACUGUUUGUGUGAAUGACAUCAUGGGUCUUAAAAGAGACAGCCCGCACUUUUAUAAAAGAAGAGAUUGCUUCUUCUAUGUGAAUGUUGUUGAUCAGUACAAUAAAAUAAGUCCCAAAUGGAAGGGAAACACAUUGCUUUUCAUCUGUAGCCCCAUGAAAUCAGCCAAAACCAGCUCAAUAACUCAAUACAUGCACACACUCUUAUUACUUCAUCUUGAUUUUACCCAAGUUUAGUUUUCUGUGACUUUGGCUAAUACGCCUUCUUUUUUUGCCGUGGAAUCGUUUUGGUAGUGAGUAUCGUGAUGGUAUCGAGUAUCGUGAUAUUAAACAUGGUAUCGUGACAACACUAGUGUGUGUUGUGUACACAGUAUGUCUAUACAGUGUCUCUGGUUCCUCUAACAGUACCCCUGUUUCACAGGGAUUUGAUAUUUCCUGAUGAAUCGUUUCCUGCUUUUAUGACACCAUCCUCUAUUCAUACAGUAUUGAAACUGACCUACCCCUAAAAUCAAUAUUCUAUUUGUCCUUAUCACAUCAUUUCCUGGUGUAAGUGUCCCUCCAUGAUUCACUGGACUCGACCGGUGGACUCCUGCCCCCUGGAGCGGACAGUGACACCAACGAGGAACCAGGGAGGAACCAGGGAGCAGAGGAGUCCAUAGAGACGGCACUACCAGGUGAGACCAGGCUAUCAUUCAGGUCCUAUUGGAUGUAACUAUCUAAACCUGGUGGGAAACAGAGAUGACUUUGGCCCUUUCCAGAAAUAACCCCUAGCCACUUAUGUGGAUUUGAAUGUAUUGGUUAGGUUGACAAGCAAUAGGGUCCAUCUGUGUCAGUUUGGUGAUGGCGGAUGAUAGUGAACUUGGUGGUGUUCCUGUCUGGUCUGUGUAGCCCAGUCGUAUGGACAGAGUGGGGCCAGUGAGAUGGAGGCUCUACAGGAGGCCUACAGACAGAUCAGUGGCUCUCUGGAGGACUCAGACCAUCACCACCCUUCAUCACCAGUCAGGAGGGAGAGGAGAAGGAGGAGCAGUCCUGUUCCUGUCUCUCCCUCUGUACCUGAGCUCUCCAGAGGAACACUACUACCACCAGUCUCCACCACAGAGUCAGGUUGGUCCGUCUCAAACACUGAUAUGUCUGUGGUGAACCUGUCAAGUAAAUAGAAUAUGCUCUUCAAUCAAAACUAACUGCAGAUCCACACAUGUCCAUGCAUAUUCAUAUCUAACAAGAUGGUAUAUUUUAAGUUGUUAGAUGGUGUUGAGAUAUUGUUGAGGUGUUACAAAUGGACUUGAAUGUCUGAUUGAUUGAUUGACUUCGAUAUGUUCUCUCAGAGCUGCCCACUGCAGAGGAGCUGAUGCGUCCCAUCCGACCAGACAGUAUGGACGACACCAGAGGCUUCACUCUGCAGCCUGCCAGGUGAGUCUACAGCUGUCUGUCACACAGGGCUUUAGGAGGGAAGGACAACAGACACUGGCUGGAAGGUACAGAAUGGAGUGGAAAGACGUUAACAUGAGCUGUAUGUUCACAGUGGGACCCAGCUCACCCCAGAGAAGACUGGCCAGUCCUUAAGCCAUAGAUCCGGUGAGUCAAGCCCAAGAUGCUCAGCAGAUCCAGACACUCCUCCGGCCUCCCCAGGCCCCCGUCCCAGAAGCAUCAGAGAGGAGGUACAGAGGCUGAUGAUGCAGGAUCAGGACAGCUCCUCCCCUGACCUGACCUCCACUCAACCCAGCAAAGCCAAAAGACGCCAGCAGGUAAGGGACGGAAACGGAGCCCUUGUUAAUAAGCACUAAACCCUACCAUACAUGACCACACUGAUUCAGGCUUUCACACCUGCCAGAACUGUGUUUCCACAUUACAUAGCCAUUGCUCCGACAAUACUCGUCCAAAUAUUUAUAUAUUUCUUAAUUCCAUUCUUCUACUUUUAGAUUUGUGUAUUGUUGUGAAUGGUUAGAUACUACUGCACUGUUGGAGCUAGGAACACAAGCAUUUCGCUACCUCUGCUAAAUAUGUGUAUGUGACCAAUAACAUUUGAUUUAAUUUGCAUUAAAGGUGAUUAUCACUUACAAUGUAGACGGUGACAUGGCAAUGAUUUUUAUAUUGACAUUGACAAUAACAUAUUUGGCAUAGGUUCCUGGACGCUCUACGGUAGCUGGUCCCUUCACAUCCUCGUUGAAGAAGCCUUAUGUUGCCCCUGGUAGAGGUAGAGGGGAGAGUAAACCAACAGCCGUGGCCACCAGGACCUCUGGAGCUAGUCAAUCUGGUCCUACCAGACCUGGGGCUGCGGCCAAGCCCCCCUCUCCUCUAACCCAGAGGAAGCCUCUCAGCCAGGCAACAUACCAGCGCCUCAGCCCCAUCCUCUCAGAGAGAGAUAAAGGUAGGAGAAAAGGAACUCCUCACACACUGACAACCAAAACUAGUAUGUGUAGUGUAAGCGUGCUUACAGUAACACACUUGUGUGUUUGGCAGACACACAACUAAAGAUCUGUUGUAUCGGAGCUAGAACUAUAUCUAAGUAGUAUAGCACAAAACAGUAGUACAGUAUAAUACAUAACACUAACAUUUGCCACAUGUUGCUGUGUGGUUGUACUCCUGAUCUAGACUAAUGUUGCUUUGUGGUUGUACUCCUAAUCCAGAAUAAUGUGGUUGUACUCCUGAUCCAGACUGAUGUGGUUGUACUCCUGAUCCAGACUAAUGUUGCUGUGUGGUUGUACUCCUGAACCAGACUAAUGUUGCUGUGUGGUUGUACUCCUGAUCCAGACUAAUGUUGCUGUGUGGUUGUACUCCUGAACCAGACUAAUGUUGCUGUGUAGUUAUACUCCUGAUCCAGACUAAUGUUGCUGUGUGGUUGUACUCCUGAUCCAGACUAAUGUUGCUUUGUGGUUGUACUCCUGAUCCAGACUGAUGUUGCUGUGUGGUUGUACUCCUGAUCCAGACUAAGUGUUUGGGUUGUACUCUGUACAAUGUGCUGGGUUGUACUCCUGAUCCAGACUAAUGUUGCUGUGUGGUUGUACUCCUGAUCCAGACUAAUGUUGCUUUGUGGUUGUACUCCUGAUCCAGACUGAUGUUGCUGUGUGGUUGUACUCCUGAUCCAGACUAUUGUUGCUUUGUGGUUGUACUACUACCAGGUCCAGACUGUGGUGGUCUGAGGGUGAGCAGUGAACUGGUGGUGGGGGUCCAGUCCUUCGCUGCCUUAAUGUUAGCUAAAUGUUGAUGUGUGGUUGUUCUUUAGGUCCAGACUUUGGUGGUCUGAGGGUGAGCAGUGAACUGGUGGCGGGGGUCCAGUCCUUCGCUGCCUUCCUCCAGCAGCAACAUCAGAUGGAUACGAGAGGUCGCCAGGAUACCAGUCACACUGUCUCUUGGGAAACCAAAGGUCAGCAGGAAGCAAGCCAGACUCAGGAGACUGAGCAUCCAUCAGAGAGGAAGGUAAGUACUGGAAGAGGAAGUAAGUCAACAUACUGGAGUAGUUUUUCAGUCUGUGGCGCAUCAAGUUUGUACAUCAGUGUGCUGGAAUUUCUUUUCAGAUAAGUAUGCAGUGUUUCUCCGUUCACCUGGUCAUACGAUAGGAGUGUGACUUAUACUUUUAUGGGUCGUCCAACCUAGCUGAUUGCUCCUUGAUCUAUCAUAAGUCUGACUAAUUUCAGUUCAGAUCUUAUGUAGUGUGUGUCCAUACCUGGAUGACUAUAGCAGUCACAUUUCUUUGGAUUCUAUGUUGCCUAUUUUUGCAAUUAAGGAUCAAGCCAAUAUUAUGACCUUCAAAACACAUUCAAGCGCUAGCAAGUAUCCAGUAUAAAGACUAACCAUGUUACCCCUCUGUCUGUCAGAGUGAGCCCAGGGAGGAGGGGGGCAGGGCUGGAGAGGUGGAGGAGGAGAGCCCCCUAGUGUCAAGGCUGAGACUGCAGCUAGCCCAGAGGGAGAGAGAGCUCCACACCAGAGAGGAAGAACUACUGCUGCAGCAUGACACAGAGCUCAGCUCACUGAGACAGGAGAACUACCUCCUGCAGAGCAAGGUAGACUGAGUCACACACACAGGCACACACACACACACACACACACACACACACAAUUACAUUCACAUGGACAGUAAUGUCUGUAAAGAGCAUAGUAGCAUAGUUCCAUCUGUUUGGUCACCUGUGGCUUCCUACAUCUAAUAUGUUCUCAUUGACUGUCGGAACAGUUUAAAACCCCUACGUCAGCACUCUUGUUGCUAUGGCACUAGCAAUGCUCAUUUUAUUUAGCUGCUUUGUGUGUGAAUUUUGUAAUACUGUUAUUCAAGCCAUUGAAUAAAGCAGUUGUGAAGGACCCAGCUGAUACAGGAGAAAAAUAAAGCAUCCCAUUAAACAAUAGCAUGUUAUCUAAGACAUCUCUGCCAUCCACUGAAGGCCAGUUAAAUGAGCUCCAACUGUAGUAGAUGCAGACAUCACUCAUGUGUUAUUUGUGAUGUGUUAUUUGUGACUCCUGAGUGGCGCAGUGGUCUAAGGCACUGCAUCGCAGUGCUAACUGUGCCACUAGAGAUCCUGGUUCGGAUCCAGGCUCUGUCGCAGCCGGCCGUGACCGGGAGACUCAUGGGCGGCGCACAAUUGGCCCAGCGUCGUCCAGGGUAGGGGAGGGAAUGGCCGGCAGGGAUGUAGCUCAGUUGAUAGAGCAUGGCGUUUGCAACGCCAGGGUUGUGGGUUCGUUUCCCACCGGGGGCCAGUAUAAAAAAAAUAAUAAUAAUAAUAAUGUAUUCACUAACUGUAAGUCGCUCUGGAUAAGAGCGUCUGCUAAAUGACUAAAAUGUAAUGUAAAUGUAAUGUGUAUCUUGUCCCCUGUGUUUCAGCUGCACAGUGCAGAGGAAGCCAACAGCAGGAAGAAGGGCCGGUGGGGUCUGGGUCUGGACGAGCCCUCGGACCCCCUCACUGAGGACAAACUCAGACUGAUCGAGAAAGAGGUGAAGGAACAGGAGACCAUCAUCCAGGGAUACCAGCAGGUCUGUACACAUGUCUGUUAGUCUCUGUCUACUCAGCUCCAUUUGUCUGUGAUUGUUUGGCCGUCUCUCUGGGUCUUUUCUCUUCCAGUCUGUGUUUUAAGGAAACAAGACUUAAUUGUACUGCAUUUGUUCAGCGCCAGGCUGUGGGUGACUCAUUGCCUUUGAAUCCAUCCCAAUUACCCAGAGUCUCUGAGACUGUGGAGGUUCUAUACAGGCCACUGUUCAGAGUAAUGAAUGUAAUUCCUCUGUUCACUGACUUAAUUCCUGGAGGGUGGGUGGGUUUGUGUUAGGCAGCACAGUUAGCCUUUUUUCCUCCAGAUUGUGAGCAGCUUAGAGAUAUGACAUAAACACUGUCUGAUAACCUUUCAUAAUCACAGUGCCUACAGCUGAGCUCCUAGAAUCAGUGGCUACAUACACACCACCAAGGUGGAACUGUAGCAGUUCUUAAUUAGGCAUGGUGAAUGCAUUUCCUCAUUUCACAGCUUCUAAUCGUAUUCCUUUCUAGUUUUAUUUUAUGUCGCCUAAAUGCGUAAGGUAUUUCUGAUCAAACCAAUUUUCCCAGAUGCGCCCAUAGUUGAGGCACUUAAUGUGAUUCUCUCUCUCCUUGCUUGUGGCGUGUGUGUGUAACAGGAGAAUGAGAAGUUAUACCUGCAGAUGAAGGCUCUUCAGGCUCAGGGUAAACUCAAUGAAGAGGCCAUGUUCACAGAGAACCAGAGGCUGCUAAAUGAACUGGCCUUUACCAAGUGAGUUGACACAUACAGUUGAAGUCGGAAGUCUACAUACACUUAGGUUGGAGUCAUUAAAACUCGUUUUUCAACCACUCCACAAAUGUCUUGUUAACAAACUAUAGUUUUGGCAAGUCGGUUAGGACAUCUACUUUGUGCAUGACACAAGUAAUUUUUCCAACAAUUGUUUACAGACAGAUUAUUUCACUGUAUCACAAUUCCAGUGGGUCAGAAGUUUACAUACACUAAGUUGACUGUGCCUUUUAAACAGCUUGGAAAAUUCCAGAAAAUGAUGUCAUGGCUUUAGAAGCUUCUGAUAGGCUAAUUGACAUCAUUUGAGUCAAUUAGAGGUGUCCCUGUGAAUCUAUUUCAAGGCCUACCUUCAAACUCUGGUACGCAAGUAUAAACACCAUGGGACCACACAGACGUCAUACCGCUCAGGAAGGAGACACGUUCUGUCUCCUAGAGAUGAACGUAGUUUGGUGCGAAAAGUGCGAAUCAAUCCCAGAACAACAGCAAAGGACCUUGUGAAGAUGCUGGAGGAAACCGGUACAAAAGUAUCUAUAUCCACAGUAAAACGAUUCCUAUAUCGACAUAACUUGAAAGGCUGCUCAGCAAGGAAGAAGCCACUGCUCUAAAACCGCCAUAAAAAAGCCAGACUGCGGUUUGCAACUGCACAUGGGGACAAAGAUCUUACUUUUUGGAGAAAUGUCCUCUGGUCUGAUGAAACAAAAAUAGAACUGUUUGGCCAUAAUGACCAUCGUUAUGUUUGGAGGAAAAAGGGGGUGCCUUGCAAGCCGAAGAACACCAUCCUAACCGAGAAGCACGGGGGUGGCAGCGUCAUGCUGUGGGGGUGCUUUGCUGCAGGAGGGACUGGUGCUCUUCACAAAAUAGAUGGCAUCAUGAGGAAGGAAAAUUAUGUGGAUAUAUUGAAGCAACAUCUCAAGACAUCAGUCAGGAAGUUAAAGCUUGGUCGCAAAUGGGUCUUCCAAAUGGACAAUGACCCCAAGCCUACUUCCAAAGUUGUGGCAAAAUGGCUUAAGGACAACAAAGUCAAGGUAUUGGAGUGGCCAUCACAAAGACCUGACCUCAAUCCUAUAGAAUAUUUGUGGGCAGAACUGAAAAGAUGUGUGCGAGCAAGGAGGCGUACAAACCUGACUCAGUUACACCAGCUCUGUCAGGAGGAAUGGGCCAAAAUUCACCCAACUUAUUGUGGGAAGCUUGUGGAAGGCUACCUGAAAUCUUUGACCCAAGUUAAACAAUUUAAAGGCAAUGCUACCAAAUACUAAUUGAGUGUAUGUGAACUUCUGACCCACUGGGAAUGUGAUAAAAGCUGAAAUAAAUCAUUCUCUCUACUAUUAUUCUGACAUUUCACAUUCUUAAAAUAAAGUGGUGAUCCUAACUGACCUAAGACAGGGAAUUUUUACUAGGAUUAAAUGUCAGGAAUUGUGAAAAACUGAGUUUAAAUGUAUUUGGCUAAGGUGUAUGUAAACCUCCGACUUCAACUGUACGUACGCACACACACACGUACCUAUCCACGUCAUUGAAUGUUAACACUGACACUUAUUUAUGCCCAGGGAGCAGAUGAGCAACUCAUCAAGGACUGUAGGAAAUGUAGGCUGUGUGGACCAUAUUCAGCGCAUCGCACAGCUGUUGGGCCAGAUGCAGGCAGCACAGGUGAGUGUUCAGAGUCACGUCACACAACCACCUCUAAAAGGAAGGCCUAGAUGAUGCUUUGGAGAUUAAUCAAUCAACUCAUCUUAAAAGGGAAGGACCAGUCUCACCUUUGACCGUGUGUAUGUGUAGAGGACUGAACAGAGACUGGUGGAGGAGACCCACAGGCUGAAGCAGGAGAAACAGGCCCUGGAGGUGGACCUUCAAAUGAUGAGGAAAGAGAGAGACCUGGUCAAAGCACAGGUGGUCUACACCUCAGGUUAGUGUGUGUGAGACAUGGAGGCUUGAGUGUGCAGUCAAAUCUCUUGUUUCUACUCCCAAAAGACAAUGAAAUAUUCCCUGUUUACAGACGUGGUUUAAACCUCCAUUAAAACAUCCCAUUGUUGUGGUUGACAGUCAAGUGGAGCUCUGUGACAUGCUGUGGUCUGUAUUGUCCUUGUCUCUGCCAGAGGAUAAGAGCUUUGAGCUGCGGGUGGCAGAGGACAGGCAUAAGGAGGAGGUGUGUGUUCUGAAGAAGAGGCUCCAGUGGUACGCUGAGAACCAGGAGCUGCUGGACAGAGACUCUGCCAGACUGAGGGCUGCCACCGCAGAAACACACCAACUCACAGAGCAGGUAGGACCAACUCACAGACCAGGUAGGACCAACUCACAGAGCAGGUAGGACCAACUCGCAGAGCAAGUAGGACCAACUCACAGACCAGGUAGGACCAACUCACAGACCAGGUAGGACCAACUCGCACAGUAGGUUAGACUUACUUGACCUUAUUUGAGAGUGUGUAUUGUAUUACUGUCAUUUCCUGUAGGUCAGUAUUUUGAAUGAAAAGUUUGUUCCUCCAAUCAGGUGGAAAAGCUGAAGAUGGAGGUGGGGAAGAGAGCCAAUCAGAAUAAGUCUAAAGAGAGAGCUGGAGACGCUAAGAGGAUACAGGACCUAGAACGACAGGUGAAUCAGUUGAGCAAUAUUUCCUGUGUGCGUGCGUGCACCUAUCCCUGAUUAACGGCAUACCUCUCCUAUCUCAUGACUAAUAUUUAUCCUCCCCCUCUCUCCCAGGUGAAGGAGAUGGAGAAGAUUCUCAGACAUAGGAACCCGAACUCCCUCACAGCGCUGAUCUACGCUGCAGUCAACGCACCUGCAGUGGAUGAGGAUGGAGGGGCCAAGAGCUCCCCGCCCACUCAGACCAGGGCCCUAUUGGAGCGGCGCAUCCAGAGGCUGGAGGCGGAGCUAGAGAGCCGUGACGACGAGGCCAAACGCAGCCUCCGAGCCAUGGAACAGCAGUACCAGCGGAUUAAGGUCUGUUCAUACUCUCAGCUGUGUGGCACUGUUAUGUACUCAUACAACCCUGUGUUCCCAUUCCCUGUCACUAGGCCUCACAGUCCUGUACCAAUUAACUCUCUACACAUGCUUACGAUGACUUACUCUGACAUACAGUACCAGUCAAAAGUUUGGACACACCUACUCAUUCCAGGAUUUUUCUUUAUUUGUACUGUUUUCUACAUUGUAGAAUAAUAGUAAAGACAACAAAACUAUGAAAUAACACAUAUGGAAUCAUGUAGUAAACAAAAAAGUGUUAAACAGAUCAAAAUAUAUUUGAGAUUUGAGAUUCUUCAAAUAGCCACCCUUUGCCUUGAUGACAGCUUUGCACAUUCUUGGCAUUCUCUCAACCAGCUUCUUCAUGAGGUAGUCACCUGGAAUGCAUUUCAGUUAACAGGUGUGCCUUGUUAAAAGUACAUUUGUGGAAUUUCUUUCCUUCUUAAUGCGUUUGAGCCAAUCAGUUGUGUUGUGACAAUGUAGGGAUGGUAUACAGAAGAUAGCCCUAUUUGGUAAAAGACCAAGUCCAUAUUAUGGCAAGAACAGCUCAAAUAAGCAAGGAGAAACGACAGUCCAUCAUUACUUUAAGACAUGAAGGUCAGUCAAUCCAGAAAAUGUCAAGAACUUUGAACGUUUCUUCAAGUGCAGUUUCAAAAACCAUCAAGCGCUAUGAUGAAACUGGCUCUCAUGAGGAUCUCCACAGCAAUGGAAGACCCAGAGUUACCUCUGCUGCAGAGGAUAAGUUCAUUAGUUCCCAGCCUCAGAAAUUGCAGCCCAAAUAAAUUAUUCACGGAGUUCAAGUAACAGACACAUGUCAACAUCAACUGUUCAGAGGGGACUGUGUGAAUCAGGCAUUCAUGGUGGAAUUGCUGCAAAGAAACCACUACUAAAGGACACCAAUAAGAAGAAGAGACCUGCUUGGGCCAAGAAACACGAGCAAUGGACAUUAGACCGGUGGAAAUGUGUUCUUUGGUCUGGAGUCCAAAUUUGAGAUUUUUGGUUCCAACUGCCGUGUCUUUGUGAGAUGCAGUGUGGGUGAACGGAUGAUCUCUGCAUGUGUAUUUCCCACCGUAAAGCAUGGAGGAGGAGGUGUGAUGGUGUGGGGGUGCUUUGCUGGUGACAUUGUCUCUGAUUUAUUUAGAGUUCAAGGCACACUUAACCAGCAUGGCUUUCACAGCAUUUUACAGUGAUACGCCAUCCCGUCUGGUUUGGGCUUAGUGGGAUUAUCAUUUAUUUUUCAACAGGACAAUGGCCCAACACACCUCCAGGCUGUGUAAGGGCUAUUUUACCAAGAAGGAGAGUGAUGGAGUGCUGCAUCAGAUGACCUGGCCGCCACAAUCCCCUGACCUCAACCCAAUUUGAGAUGGUUUGGGAUGAGUCGGACCACAGAGUGAAGGAAAAGCAGCCUACAAGUGCUCAGCAUAUGUGGGAACUCCUUCAAGACUGUUGGAAAAGCAUUCCAGGUGAAGCUGGUUGAGAGAAUGCCAAGAGUGUGCAAAGCUGUCAUCAAGGCGAAGGGUGGCCAUUUGAAGAAUCUCAAAUAUAAAAUAUAUUUUGAUUUCUUUAACACUUUUUUUUUUUCUGUUUACUACAUGAUUCCAUAUGUGUUAUUUCAAAGUUUUGAUGUCUUCACUAUUAUUCUACAUUGUAAAAAUAAAGAAAAACCCUUCAAUGUGUAGUUGUGUCCAAACUUUUGACUGGUAGUGUACAUGGCCUUGCUGUAAACACAACAGCUUCCACACAUUGCCACAACGGUCUCAUACACGUAACGGUGUCCACACACACACAAAAUGGCCUCACACACAACAGAACUCAAAUUGCCUCUUAGAACUACUUGAAGAUGUUCAUCCUCAACAUAAAACACUCACUGAAUGUCCUCUCUCACAAAAAGGAAAGAUGAGAACAUGGUGAUGACUCAUUACUGUUCCCCCAAUUCUCUUCGCAUGUCUUUUUAGAGAGGGGUUAGAGAGGGCAAGUUCCAACCGCCUUGUACAACACAACACUUGAAUUGAAAGUUCUGUUAAAAGCUCACGAUGGAGACCUUGAUGAUGUCCAUGAUUCACUCCCUCCUCCUCUGUAUGAUAUGUGUUAUCCUUUCCAAAUGUAUGAUGUCAUUAGUCUUAAUGUGAUGGUUCAUUAGACCAACACUGCACCGGAAAAAGCUUUUUUCAGAAAAUGUGUUGUGAGAUGAAUAAAUUGUAUGAAUGGAAAUAAAUCCCUUAAAUAUAGAAGUAGACUCACUUACAUUGUGUGUGUGUGUGUGUGUGUGUGUGUGUGUGUGUGUGUAGCUCCAGUAUGAGCAGCAGAUCAGUAGUCUGGAGCAGCGGUUAUCCCAGAAACACCAGGACCAGACCGGGUCUCCUGGGGUCUGGCAGGCCCAGGUCUGCUCCCUGCAGCAGGAACUGGAGCACCUGAAGGAGAACCAUCAGAGUAGAGAGAAAACUCUACAGGCUGAGGUCCACUCCCUACAGGAGCAGCUCACACAACAGGCACAGGUAGGCCUUCUUGUUAGCCCACCUAAGAGCACCACUAUGGAAAUAAGCCUUAAUAAUUCAUCCUGGAUAAUUGUUUUAAAUGUAUGUCAUGUUACCUGGAGCAGGUGUAUGUGUAUUUUAAUCAAAUAAAUUGAUCAGUCUACCAACGAGCCAGAGAGAGCCCCCCAGCGCAGCCCGUCCCGCCACCAGCGCCAAACAGAGACGGCCCUGGGGGUCCGGAUAGAGAGACUCAACCAGGAGCUGUCAGCCAAGACCCGCAGCGUCCAGGAGCUGAGCCGCACCGUGGAGAGACUCCAGAGGGAGAGGAAGACCAUGCUGUGUGGCCCUGGCCCCAGAUCAGAGGGCCGUGUUGGGCCUGGCGAGGCCAGGCGGCAGGCAACCGGAUCCAAAGGACCCAUGGUGGUGGUGGCUACCCCAGGGGAGAGGGGAGGCACGGUGGGAGGAGGGGGAGAGACCGCAACCUUCCCUCCCACUCAGGAUGAGAAGGACUACCAGCCCACAGCGUUCUCUGGGAGCCAUAUCUCAGAGGUGCUGCAGGAGAGCGAGGGGUUAAGGCUGCGUCUAGAGCAGCUGGAGCUGCAGAUGGACAAGGAGAGGGUGGUACUGCAGGCUGCAGCCACACAGGCCCAGGCCCAGCUACGCAGGUAUGUAGACACACACUCAUUUUGAAUGCUUUAUUUCAGUACAAAGGACUCCAAUAGUUCAGUGGUUAUGCAGGUGCCUGAACAUUGUUCAUUGAUAGAACUUCUGUAAGGCUUUUUCACAAUGAUGUGUACAAACACUGUCUGUAUGGAGGAAACUUACUGCCCAUAACAGCAGCCUGAAUUCAUAUUCCACCUCAGGGCUCAACAUUAAUACUCUUCCUCUUGUCCGGGCCAAGUAUUUUUAUUUAAUGUUUUAUGUCGGAAAAUAAGAAAAUAGAUUUGAGUAAGUAAGAAAUCACAAUGUCAAACAAUUACUCCGAACAGAAUUGGAUCAGAGAGGCCAACAUUGGAAUAAUAUUCUGAAGGAUGAUUAACAUUAACGUCUAAAGGCUUGAUUCUGUCGACAUACUCAAGCCACAGUUCGUUCAGAUCAAAUGGUCACGAGCAGAGAGUGAAGGACAGUGUCUGUUGUGUACCACACAUCACCCACCUUGAAUCUGAGUGGAGGCGGUCAGCCUUUUGAAACUAUUUAACCAUAAACUUAAUUGUUUAAAACCUGGAUGUUUUAUGUGAUUUUAUGAAGCAUGUUUUACCUUGAUUCAAAGUAGCCUAGCCUAGCCAAAGUACGACCAUAGAAGUGUUGAGGGAAUUAUUUUAUAAACACUUAAUAUGCCAUUUCAAACCAGCAUUUUGCUCGUGUUCCUUUAUUUUUCAUAUCAAUGUUUUUUUACUGUCCAGCAGCCAAAGGCAUAAUCCUAGUCACAUGAAACCGCUCACACAUGCAGUGAACUUUUGAGAACUGUUUUCCCUCUAAAUUACAUUUUGGAAUAUUCCCGCUUAGUUUUCAGCCAUGUGCGCAUUGUUGAGCUUAUAAUAUGAAGAAAUAAAAUGUUAUCAACAUUUUAAACUAAACGGUCUGAUCUGUUUCAUCAGCCUCAUUGCUUUUUAAAAUUGUAUGUGCAGCGGUUGUAUGAAUUUUGGAUCUAUCUUCCCAGAGCUGUCCCAGAGUCUGUUUUGAAUACCUUUUUUAUCGUCCCAGGGACGAUGGGACGCCCUUAAUUUCGAGCACUGGCUGGAAAUUAUUUUUUGAAGACAUAAAAAUAAUUUGGUUGUAAUUGUGAUGUUGCAAAAUUCUAUAGGCUACCAAGAGUGGCCAACUGUCCUCCAGGAGAGCCUUAAAGGGGCAGUGUUGUAUUUUGAGACAGGCUAGAAUAUACAAAGAAGCCAAUAGGCAGAGUGUAGCCUACAUUUAUGUCUGAUUCUCUAUGGUAAAAAAGAUAGUGGUUCCUUGCAUCAUACAAUGAAGUAAAAAUGGUGUUACAGAUUUUUUUGUUGUUGUGGGGGACAAGUGACCUAAGCUUUUGGACAAGUAAAAAAAAAAAAACAGACCUACUUGUCCAAAGGAUAAGUGGCUAAAAAAGUUAAUGUCAAGCCCUGCACCUGGUUAGCUGUUUUUCUAUGGCAGCCCUGUUGCAAACUGCAGCCCACGCUAAUGCACUUGUUCGAGACCACAAAAAAUAAACUCCCAGAAAUGGCUGUCUAAUCCGAGGCUGGUGGUAAUUUAUAAAGAUAAUUGCAACACACUCAGGCACUCAGAGAAAUGUCAACAUGAUUCUCAAUCCCAAAUAGACCCCUAAUCACUACACCCUAGGCAUGCGUUUGAUACAUGCAUUUGAUGCCGUCCCAUUCAUCCAGCCAUUACAUUGAGCAUGUCCUCCGAUUUUUUAAGUCACACCAGCCUCCACUGGUAUGUAAUGUAAUAUGUAACCGUGUGGUGGUUUUUACUACCUCCGAGGUCCAGGGGCCUCAUUUAUAAACGUUGCGUUAAUUUCGCAUUUAAAUAUCUGCGUAAGCCAUUUCUGAAAAGAAUGCAUGCAUAUACAAAUAUUGAGAUUCAUAAACUUGGCAUACGUCAUACAUACGCAUGCUUCCCGUUAUAAAUCAGACCCAUCCUAAAACUAAACACAUUGUGAACGAGCAUUAUAACUCCACCUGGAAAACGCCAAUCAUUCACAUAUUAUGGUGACAAUAACACCCUUAUUUUCCAUAUAAUUUGGAACUGUUGGAAUUAGCCCAAAGCGGUUUCUAAAAGAAAUUGCAAUGGCAAAUGUGAUAAAAUGUUUUUGCAUCUUGUUAUUAUACUUUCCAGUUUUUUAAAAGUUUUUUUAUGAAAUAGCUUGUCAUUAUAUCCCUUAUUUGCAUAAAAUACUACUUGCCUCCUUGCAAUGCAUUACUUCAACCACUAGAAAUUGUGCGUACGCAUGGUCUAAAGUUUGCGAGGAGGUAAGCAGUUUCUCACGUCAAGUUUAGUUUUUGUAAAUGCCAACUUUUGUGUGAAAACGCAUGUUUUGUGGUAUAUGUUGUACAUACGUAAUGUUGUAAAUAUGUCCCCUGGUGUGCUGACCACCAGAGGAUUAGGGUUAGAUGAUAUGUGAUGGUGUAUCAUGUAUCUACAGUGGGGGAAAAAAAGUAUUUAGUCAGCCACCAAUUGUGCAAGUUCUCCCACUUAAAAAGAUGAGAGAGGCCUGUAAUUUUCAUCAUAGGUACACGUCAACUAUGACAGACAAAUUGAGGAAAAAAAUUCCAGAAGAUCACAUUGUAGGAUUUUUAAUGAAUUUAUUUGCAAAUUAUGGUGGAAAAUAAGUAUUUGGUCACCUACAAGCAAGAUUUCUGACUCUCACAGACCUGUAACUUCUUCUUUAAGAGGCUCCUCUGUCCUCCACUCGUUACCUGUAUUAAUGGCACAUGUUUGAACUUAUCAGUAUAAAAGACACCUGUCCACAACCUCAAACAGUCACACUCCAAACUCCACUAUGGCCAAGACCAAGGAGCUGUCAAAGGACACCAGAAACAAAAUUGUAGACCUGCACCAGGCUGGGAAGACUGAAUCUGCAAUAGGUAAGCAGCUUGGUUUGAAGAAAUCAACUGUGGGAGCAAUUAUUAGGAAAUGGAAGACAUACAAGACCACUGAUAAUCUCCCUCGAUCUGGGGCUCCACGCAAGAUCUCACCCCGUGGGGUCAAAAUGAUCACAAGAACGGUGAGCAAAAAUCCCAGAACCACACGGGGGGGACCUAGUGAAUGACCUGCAGAGAGCUGGGACCAAAGUAACAAAGCCUACCAUCAGUAACACACUACGCCGCCAGGGACUCAAAUCCUGCAGUGCCAGACGUGUCCCCCUGCUUAAGCCAGUACAUGUCCAGGCCCGUCUGAAGUUUGCUAGAGUGCAUUUGGAUGAUCCAGAAGAGGAUUGGGAGAAUGUCAUAUGGUCAGAUGAAACCAAAAUAGAACUUUUUGGUAAAAACUCAACUCGUCGUGUUUGGAGGACAAAGAAUGCUGAGUUGCAUCCAAAGAACACCAUACCUACUGUGAAACAUGGGGGUGGAAACAUCAUGCUUUGGGGCUGUUUUUCUGCAAAGGGACCAGGACGACUGAUCCGUGUAAAGGAAAGAAUGAAUGGGGCCAUGUAUCGUGAGAUUUUGAGUGAAAACCUCCUUCCAUCAGCAAGGGCAUUGAAGAUGAAACGUGGCUGGGUCUUUCAGCAUGACAAUGAUCCCAAACACACCGCCCGGGCAACGAAGGAGUGGCUUCGUAAGAAGCAUUUCAAGGUCCUGGAGUGGCCUAGCCAGUCUCCAGAUCUCAACCCCAUAGAAAAUCUUUGGAGGGAGUUGAAAGUCUGUGUUGCCCAGCGACAGCCCCAAGACAUCACUGCUCUAGAGGAGAUCUGCAUGGAGGAAUGGGCCAAAAUACCAGCAACAGUGUGUGAAAACCUUGUGAAGACUUACAGAAAAUGUUUGACCUGUGUCAUUGCCAACAAAGGGUAUAUAACAAAGUAUUGAGAAACUUUUGUUAUUGACCAAAUACUUAUUUUCCACCAUAAUUUGCAAAUAAAUUCAUUAAAAAUCCUACAAUGUGAUUUUCUGGAUUUUCUUUUCUCAUUUUGUCUGUCAUAGUGCUGACUAAAUACUUUUUUUCCCCACUGUACCUGUCCUACAGGGUCCAGAGCCCUAUACUACGUACCUGGUUUGAGGAGUUAGCGAGUUAACUUUGGUGAACUCUGAAUUCAACUCAGGAUAACCUGUAGUAUGAAAGUAGCUCACCUUUUAGCCAGGUACAUUUCUUAGGCAACAAAUCCUUCACAACUACCCUGCUCCAGGGCAGGCUAACUCAUGGCUGACUCCAUUUAUCCUGAAUGAAGUGUCUGAGCCACGAGUUGAGGACCAAUGAAUUCAGAUUCUCUCCCUCUCGCAAAGAUUACGUCAUCAUCCCUUCAUUUGAGGAAGACGACUGAUUUAAUAAAAAAUUGUAUUAAUGUUUUUUGUGUUUAAAAUGCCUAUCACAUUACACAUUUAGUAAUAACAGAAUGCAUUUUAAACUUCAUGCACAGUAAAACGUUGGUAAUACAAUUAUUUGAUCAAUAGGAGUGGGGGAAAAAAGGUAAACACACCAAAGACGGCAUUAACAAUAAAUAAUAAAAUAAAGACGGCCCUUCUAAAAGGGUCCUACUAAUCACCCCAAAAGUACCCAAAACAACCACAAACCGGUACCCAAAAGUUGGGCAUUAAUUGGCCAGCCAAAUGACCGCAGUGUCCGUAAUAACUGUUGGAAUAGCAAAAAAUAUAUAUACCUUUUUUUGUACGCAAUUAUUUAAUUUUUUCUCCGCUCCUGACUGCAUGUGCUGCCAUAGAUUCUAUUUCUGUGUGCCUCUGCUGCAUCUUGCCUGCACCUUUUGUAUAUGUACUCGUUUGCUACAACACCUUCCUUGUUUCAGCAAGGCGCAACAAAGUUUCAUCACGUGCAGAAAUGGGCUCAACCACACGAAUGCCCAGCCGGUAAUAUGGUAAUUGUGCCAGCCCUACACUAAAGAACCCAACACAACCACAAACAGGUACUCAAAACAACCCCAAAAUACCUAAAAGAACCACAAACUGUUUCCCCCCCACCUCCCCCUGUCUCCCCCACCAGGUGCUGGUAAAGGUCAGGGGUGGUUGGGCAGGUACUGAACCACAUCUGUCCCCACCCCAGAGAGGCAGGAAAUCUCUCGCUCUCUCUCGCCAUACUACUACCUGUCUAAUAAACUGUCUGAUUAUGGCUGGAAUGAAGGAUGACUGAUAGGCUGUGUGAAGGGUAAUGAUGGGAGGACUAUCCUCCAUGAUGACCUACUGUAUGGAUGUUUCCCAAAUGCCACACUAUUCUCUAUAAAGUGCACUACCCAUAGGGAUCUGGUCAAAAGUAGUGCACUAUAUAGGGAAUAGGGUGGCAUUUGGAACUCAGCCUAUGUAGCAGAGGAGGACGUAGCUCCCAGCCAGUGAUUCACAUAUUGAUCUGAUCCAUAAUAGGGUGAUUGGGUUGAUCACAUGAUCGAUCGGCAGUCACUAACCUUGUUACUGUCUGAAGGUGACACAUACAUGGAUUUCCAUUAUUUCAUACAGAGAGGUGAGACUAACUUGCGUCCCAAAUUGCAACCUAUUCCCUGUGUAGUACACUACUUUUGACCAGAGUUCUGGUCAAAAGCAAUGGACAAUAAAGGGAAUAGGGUGCCAUUUGGAACACAGACAGCGUCCCUGGCCAUCUGGUGUUGGCAGCACCUUGUCCCAACAUCUGAAUGCAUCAACAGACUGGGCACACGGAUCUACAUACUAAUCACAGGUAAUCUCAUUGAAGGAGGAGAGGUGACUCUGCCAAAACAUGUAGUAGGGUGUCAAACCCACUCUGCCCAGAGCUUUUGUGAUGAAAUUUCACUUCCUUAUGUUAUAAAAUACAUUUUACUAAGACAAAUAAGAUUAUUCAUGUUCUGAAUCGUUCAGUGGUGUUUUUCUUUAACAUACGCUACCAGUCAAAAGUUUGGACACACCUACUCAUUGAAGGGUUUUUCUUUAUUUUUACAAUUUUUUACAAUGUAGAAUAAUAGUGAAGACUUCAAAACUAUGAAAUAACACAUGGAAUCAUGUAGUAAACAGAAAAAAAGUGUUAAACAAAUCUAAAUAUAUUUUAUAUUUGAGAUUCUUCAAAUGGCCACCCUUUGCCUUGAUGACAGCUUUGCACACUCUUGCCAUUCUCUCAACCAGCUUCACCUGGAAUGCUUUUCCAACAGUCUUGAAGGAGUUCCCACAUAUGCUGAGCACUUGUUGGCUGCUUUUCCUUCACUCUGCGGUCCGACUCUUCCCAACCAAUCUCAAUUGUGUUGUGGUCAGGGGAUUGUGGAGGCCAGGUCAUCUGAUGCAGCACUCCAUCACUCUCUUUCUUGGUCAAAUAGCCCUUACACAGCCUGGAGGUGUGUUGGGCCAUUGUCCUGUUGAAAAACAAAUGAUAAGCCCAAACCAGACGGGAUGGCGUAUCACUGUAGAAUGCUGUGAAAGCCAUGCUGGUUAAGUGUGCCUUGAACUCUAAAUAAAUCACAGACAAUGUCACCAGCAAAGCACCAUCACACCUCCUCCUCCAUGCUUUACGGUGGGAAAUACACAUGCGGAGAUCAUCCGUUCACCCACAACGCAUAUCACAAAGACACGGCGGUUGGAACCAAAAAUCUCCAAUUUGGACUCCAGACCAAAGGACACAUUUCCACCGGUCUAAUGUCCAUUGCUCGUGUUUCUUGCCCCAAGCAGGUCUCUUCUUAUUGGUGUCCUUUAGUAGUAGUUUCUUUGAACUACUAAACUGCAUGUGCAGUUACACGACUGAUAGUUAGCGGCAGGCGGCUGAGCAAUAUCCACCGUUGUAAUACGGAUGAAGCCGUAAAAAAUGUAAGCCUGUGCAGGAAUGUAAAUCUAGCUAGCGUUGUAGUAUACCCCUCUGGAGCAUUGACCACCAGAGGUUUAGGGUUAGAGGAUGCUAGAUGAUAUGUAAACGGUGCAUCUACCAUCCUGCAGGGUACAGGAGCAUUCAGCAGACCAGGUGUCCUCUCUCAGGGCUGACCAUCAGAGGGAGCUGGAGCGCCUGCUUACCAGCCACGCCCUCGCCCACUCCUCCUCUAAAGUGGCCGAACUGACCAAUCAGGUGACCACGCAGGAGGUAAAGGCUCACAAUGGACCAAUCACAUGUCAACUAAUAGUUAUUGGUGUUGUUCUUCCAGGUAUAACGUAUCAACAGGAUAAACAGGUUUGUGUGUCUUUAUGAACCUUCAGAUCAUGGUGCAGCACUUGCGUGACCAGGUGAAGGAACUGCAGGGGACCAAGGAUGCUCUGGCUGUGUCCAAGCUGAGGGAGGACACCCUACAGAACCAGGUACUUAUGAUUCAGAUAACAUUUAUCGUCCUCUCAACUUCAUCAACACACUAGUGUUAUCACAGUACUUGAAGUGUCAUAGCAAGGAAACAACACAAGGUGAGUGUAUUUCCUGGGGAUAGCUCAACAUUAAUGGUUGUUUCAUCUCUUUAACGCUUUCUUUAGCUGACGAAGCUGUUGGAGGAGCUGAAGCAGGCCAAGGAGUGCCACAGCCCAGAGCUCAGACACUUCACUAGCCUGGAGAGAAAGAUCCACAGCAUGGAGCUACGACACACUCAGAGGGAGAAAGAGCUCCAGCAGGUGAACACACACACACACACACACUAUCCACACGCGCACACACACACACACACACAGAGGAAGAAAGAGCUGCUGCAGGUAAAUACACACACCACCCACAGAAAGAACACUGAAUAACACACACUGACCAAACACUGAACAUUAACACAUAUGUCCACGGUGCCAUCCUGCAGGUGAUGGGUCAGACUCGGCUGGUGGUGGAGGCUGAGCAGCAGUCUGAGGUGGAGCGUUGGAGGAGGCUGGCUCAGGGGAAGACCCAGGAGCUGGAGGUGUUCCGUCUGGAACUGGACUCUAUCCUGGACGUCCUGAGAGAACUACAGAGACAGGGAGUGGUCAUCCCUGCUCCAGACCGGGAUUCUGCUGUACCCUUCACCUAGAGGACCUGAACCAUGGGACAUAGGCUCUUUCUAAUUAGUUACAAAUCUGUCCUCACCUUGUCUGAUCUGAAAGAAUUGACCAGGUGAAAGCCAGCCUAAUGAUGAGCUUCCACUAUUGUUUAAACCGGUUAAGUAUUUUUUGUUCAGUGCAGAUGAAGGGGAGGAGACGAGGAGAGGGCGGAUUUGUAAGCAAUUGAGAGCCAACUCACACACCCUUUAGGAGAACCCAUCAUUGUACUGAACAAUCAGGUAAUUUAUUUUUGUAGAUUUGUAUUUUUAUACUUGAUCAUUGGAAUUUAUUUUAAGUUAUUCAAUGCGUGUUAGAAAAAUAAAGGACAUUUUGUAUAAUUUUUUCCUGUGUGUUUGAAUUUGUAACAAGUGUUCAGUAAAGCACAAAGUUGACUAACAAAUGAUUCAAAUUCAGACAUUUUGAAAUUGGCCUAUUGUUAUCCCCAAGAUGAUUGUUGCUGUUGACUCCAAUUGUCGGUUGUUGCUACUCAUUAGCAUAUCAUCAAAGCUCCUUUACACGUAUUAGCAUAACAUCUGACAAGAAGAAAGUGGCUGUAGUUAUUCAUGGCAGCGAAGCGUUUUGUUCUGCAGGUGCACAGCAGGGCUUUUCGCUCUCUUGUAAACCCAACACAAUAAUGUUAGGUUUAUUCUCCCCUGAUCUAAUCCUUAGAAUUAGAGGAUUGUAACUGAAACUCUGCAUCAAACACUGCAGGGAUUUUAAAGUUCUACUCUAGUCUCCUUUUCACCUCAUUUACUUAGCAAAAGGCACAUCUCAAUAGGUGGUCCAGGUAACUCAUGACAUAGCACAAGUGGGGGGGCGGGCCUUUCCUCUUUUGUUCUCUAUUGUUUCUCAAGCAAGUGGGGAGGCCGAUGACAUCACAUCAGACCAACUCCCUGAAUGCCCUACUCCUUGAAGUUUGCAGUUGUCUAUAAAACACUCAUGUAUUUUAGUGUGUACUUUACUGUAUUUAUACUUGGGAUAUCACUUUUCAAAAGGGAAAGUUAAAAGUUAAAUCCUGUAAAAAUGAAAAGAAAACAAUAGUGAAACAAUUCACCACUUGUUUUUAUCUUCAGAAUUAGAGAACGUUUCUGAUUCAUGGUUCCAUGGUACUUUGAAAUGGUUAUAUAAUUAACACAAUCAGCUGGCGUUUUAAAUAGUUUUAUUUAGUCACAACCUUCUAUAGACUUGACAGAUGAGACAUUGAUAUGACAUGUAGGCAAAGCAUUGACAGGAGCAACACGGUAUAUAAAAAGUUGGAAGUUUACAUACACUUAGGUUGGAGUCAUUAAAACUCGUUUUUCAACCACUCCACAAAUGUCUUGUUAACAAACUAUUGUUUUGGCAAGUCGGUUGGGACAUCUGCUUUGUGCAUGACACAAGUAAUUUUUCCAACAAUUGUUUACAGACAGAUUAUUUCACUUAUAAUUCACUGUAUCACAAUUCCAGUGGGUCAGAAGUUUACAUACACUAAGUUGACUGUGCCUUUAAACAGCUUGGAAAAUUCCAGAAAAUAAUGUCAUGUCUUUAGAAGCUUCUGAUAGGUCAAUUGGAGGUGUACCUGUGGAUGUAUUUCAAGGCCUACCUUCAAACUCAUUGCCUCUUUGCUUGACAUCAUGGGAAAAUCAAAAGAAAUCAGCCAAAACCUCAGAAAAAAAAUUUGUAGACCUCAAAGUCUGGUUCAUCCUUGGGAGCAAUUUCCAAACGCCUGAAGGUACCACGUUCAUCUGUACAAACAAUAGUACGCAAGUAUAAACACCAUGGGACCACGCAGCCGUCAUACCGCUCAGGAAGGAGACACGUUCUGUCUCCUAGAGAUGAACGUACUUUGGUGCGAAAAGUGCAAAUCAAUCCCAGAACAACAGCAAAGGACGUUGUGAAGAUGCUGGAGGAAACAGGUACAAAAGUAUCUAUAUCCACAGUAAAACGAGUCCUAUAUCGACAUAACCUGAAAGGCUGCUCAGCAAGGAAGAAGCCACUGCUCCAAAACCGCCAUAAAAAAGCCAGACUACGGUUUGCAACUGCACAUGGGGACAAAGAUCGUACUAUUUGGAGAAAUGUCCUCUGGUCUGAUGAAAAAAAAAUAGAACUGUUUGGCCAUAAUGACCAUCGUUAUGUUUGGAGGAAAAAGGGGGUGCCUUGCAAGCCGAAGAAUACCAUCCCAACCGUGAAGCACGGGGGUGGCAGCAUCAUGCUGUGGGGGUGCUUCGCUGCAGGAGGGACUGGUGCACUUCACAAAAUAGAUGGCAUCAUGAGGAAGGAAAAGUAUGUGGACAUAUUGAAGCAACAUCUCAAGACAUCAGUUAGGAAGUUAAAGCUUGGUCGCAAAUGGGUCUUCCAAAUGGACAAUGACCCCAAGCAUACUUCCAAAGUUGUGGCAAAAUGGCUUAAGGACAACAAAGUCAAGGUAUUGGAGUGGCCAUCACAAAGCCCUGACCUCAAUCCUAUAGAACAUUUGUGGGCAGAACUGAAAAAACGUGUGCGAGCAAGGAGGUCUAGAAACCUCAUUCAGUUACACCAGCUCUGUCAGGAGGAAUAGGCCAAAAUUCACCCAACUUCUUGUGGGAAGCUUGUGGAAGGCUACCCGAAACGUUUGGCCCAAGUUAAACAAUUUAAAGGCAAUGCUACCAAAUACUAAUUGAGUGUAUGUAAACUUCUGACCCACUGGGAAUGUGAUGAAAGAAAUAAAAGCUGAAAUAAAUAAUUCUCUCUACUAUUAUUCUGACAUUUCACAUUCUUAAAAUAAAGUGGUGAUCCUAACUGACCUAAGACAGGGAAUUUGUACAAGGAUUAAAUGUCAGGAAUUGUGAAAAACUGAGUUUAAAUGUAUUUGGCUAAGGUGUAUGUAAACUUCGGACUUCAACUGUAUAUAACAGUUUAGAGUGAUGAACAGGUGUGCUACGAUUAGUACUGAACAAGGACAACAUUCAGACUGCUGUUGAAUUGAAAACCCAAUAGAAGAGUCUUGCCUUUCUGGUGUAUUUUGGUUAUUGCAUCAAAUUGUCCUUACCUCUUCUUGUCUCCAUCCCCUUAAUUGACUCCUGCAAGGCCUCCACCACUAUACAUUCUAAUCAACUUGAAGUUGGACUUCCAGUUUAGCGUUAAUGUGACGUCACAAGUUCUGGCUCUACGUAGGCAACUUUGUUGACAUAAAGAUUAGAAAAGUAGCUCAUCUCACAUAUGUACAUUUAAAUGAUUAUAUUUGGACUAUUUUAGCCUGAACCAAAUCUGAACAGAAUGAAAAGGGCAGGAUGUACAGUUACAGUAAGAGGAUCCAUAAUAUUCCAUAAUGUCCUAACAGAGGUGCUGUGAGAAGCUGGAACCACAGCCUAAUUUGGAGAGCUUGCACUGUACAUGACCGGCACAACACAGUUAGAAUGUUAGAUUAGGACCUAUUUGAACCUCCAUAAAUUUGGUUGACACAACUCUCUCUAUAUAAGGCUGGUGAGUCCUGUGAUGUCCUCAUAAUUAUCCAUAAUGUCCUAACGGAGGUGGUGUGAGAAAUAAGCUGGACCAUAGUCUAUUGUGUGAUGGGCAGGACUGUCCAUCUUGUGAAGGGCGCUGCGUGGCCGAUGACACUCCCCCUCUAGGAUGAUUGGUGGUUCCCCCAGUUAAUCGUGUGAUGGGCCCCAUGGGAAUGACACUCCCCCGCCAGGAUGAUUGGCGGCUCCCCAGGAAGUAG